AUGCGUAUCAAGUAUGAAUUAUUCAAAGCGCGCAUUUCCAAUGUUAUCACUCGAUUUUUGGAACCAACAUUGCUUCCCUUUGCAAUUCUGCAAGUUCCAAGUCCAGAAGAGAUAGAACAGGCUCUCUUGGCUAUUGGAAAUGCACCUGUAUUUGGUGGAGGAAGCCAGGCACUCGCAGCAACUAUUUCAAAUAGAGACACCUCCAAAAAUGAAACAGGAGCUGCAAGGGAAGUUCAACCUCCCGAACUCUCUCAGCAAACGACUCAUCCCUCCAGACAAUCUCGAGAGAAGGCUCAAUCCUCCACACCUCAAGAGGAGACUCAACGCUCCACGAACUCUCAGGAAGAGGCUCAAACUUUUCAGACAUUACUUCCACGCGCUCAACAGCUCUAUCAGCCUCAAUACCUCUCUACAGCUCAAGAACCUGAAUAUCGGCCCAAACCUCGUUACAACUACCUCUCCGUAAACCCCUACCCUCAGGAUUAUGAAUACAGUAGCAGUAAUACAUUUACCAGCUCAUCAGGACAAUAUUACUGGCCAAAUUAUCCAUAUAAUUCCUAUCAACCUGCUGUACAAUCGGUACAGUACUCACCACAGUACUACUGGCAGCAACCAAGGCAACAAUAUCGAGUGCAACAACGUCAACCAGCAUACUACUGGGUAUAUCCCGAUGGCAGAACCUAUUAUGAUCGAUAUUAUCCAUACUAA